GUGUCGGGUCGACGAGCGUUUCCUCUUGUGUUCAUCUUGAGGUUUGAAGGUGGAGCCUCGUUGGAGUUCCUCUUGCUUUCAUUUACAGUUAACCAAACCUUUGGCAGCCAGUUUCUGAGCACUUGCAUGCUGUCAUGGUUGACGCCAGCGGCCUCCCUCAGGAUCUUUAUUAGCGCCAUUAGUGUUAAAGAUGCCUGCGCUGCAGCACCUGGCCUGCUUGUGCGCGCUGCUCCUCGCGCACGCUGGAUGCGUGUGCGGUGACGUGCGGUUCUUGGAGAGGCGUGAGGGGGAAUCUGUGACUCUGCCCUGCGAGGUGGGGCAGAGAAACCCUUCGCCCUUCGGAGUCUACCUGAGGCGCAGCUGGCUGCGUCCCGGCAAAGUGCUGUUCAUGUACACCAAGAGCGACUUCAACACGGACGACAACGACGACAAGGCCCGCAUCAGCGUGAGCGGGGACCCGAGCGGCCACUCCGUGAACGUGACCCUGUCCCAGCUGAGGGCCAGCGACACGGACCGCUACUACUGCGAGUUCGUGGUGGAAAACCCUUCCUCCGAGGACGACCGAGUGCCUGGGAAAACCGAAUACUUCCUCCUUGUGAGCGCCGAUGCCCCCGGCUCAGUGGACAUAGGGCUGGUAGAGACGUGCGCCGGCGGCUCGGCCGUGCUCCCCUGCCUCUCCCCAAACGGGGGAGGCUUGGCCGUGGAGGGGGUGAGCCUGAAGCGGCAGAGGGGCCGGGCGCCCGUGGAGAUGCUGUACCACUCGAAGCGUCAGCAUGGCGGCAGCCCUCCAUCCUCCUCCUCCUCCCAGUUCCCCUUGGAGAAGGUCCAGCUGACCCCUGCGCCCGGCCCCAGCGGCAUCACCUUCAACCUGACCCUGCAGCAGCUGCAGCCGGAGGACAGCGGCCUGUACAGCUGCCAGCUGCUCCUGCGGGGCAGGCCCGACAGCAGCACCAGUCUAGGGAGACAAGCGGUCUUUCUUUCUGUGCAAGGUCAAUGUGGCUGCUCCACCUACUCCACCCUGCUGUACGCUUUGUCUUCAGCUGUGGCCGUCCUCCUCCUCCUCCUCGCACUCGUCGUGAUGUGUCAAGUCAAAUCUCGCCGCCGCCGCGUCGCAACGCACUCUCAGGCCCCCAUCUACGAGGAGAUGGCCGGGGUGCAGACGGCCUCCCGAAAACUGGCACGUCUGGAGGAAUCGGAGCCUUCUGAAUACAGGAACUGCCCUGUGAAGAGAUCCAGUCCUGAAAACCAUUACGAAAGCCCCAGCGGGGCCCUCUGCCCCCGGAAGGAGUCUCAGAAAUGAAAUGUUAGACCUCCAGACCAGCUUUCCAACAGCUGCCUGAAACUCACUGGACUCCUGUUCGCACUUUCCUUGAAGAGCUUAACAGCAAAGAUUUUUUAUCUCAUGUUUAAUGGACUGCUGUUUGAAAGAGUGUUUGUGUUUUGGCAUUUUCUUAAGAACUUUUAGAAAUGUUGGCUGCCCGUGGGGCAAGACGCAUAAAAUAUAUUUACUGAUGUGAUGCACUUUCUAGAAACUGAAGAAGCUGUUAAAAUAACGAGAUGUGAACGUGUGUUUUUCAGCACAUUAAAGCUGUGGACAAGCUGAAUGCAUUUCCUUCCUCAUAGAACAUGCAGAGCUGAUCUCGGCUGCUGCCAGUUUAUUAGGUACACCUUGCUGAAACUAACGCAGUCCUGCUAUAAACCCUCCGUUCAAGGCUGUAAUGUUCAGAUUUGGUUGAAAAUGUUUUAGAGAGCUGUUGAUUUAACUUUAUUAACAUUUUGGCAGUCUUUUGUGGUGCAUUGAACUGUACUGCAUUAUACAGGAAGGUGCUUCUGUCAUUUAGCCUGCCCCAUUGAUAUAAAUCGGGUGGACAAUAUAAUAGAAACACCUGUCAGUAUAAGACAACACACUUUAAGCAUCCUCUGAAGUGUCCAUACACUUGAAACAAUGCACUCUAAAACAUUUUCAACAAAAACUAAACAUGAACCUUCAUGAAGGGAGGGCUGGUUGCAGGACUGCUGUAUUAGACUGCGUUAGUUUUACUGAGUGCUCUCUGUUUAGAUCCAUGCUUGUUUGCUGGCACUCUCGGUCUUUCCGGCAUUACACCAAGAUUUCCCUGAAGUCUUCCUGUUGGCAACAUUUCGCACAAUGAGCCUACACUGUAUAUCCUGUCAUCUCGCCCACCCCUCACCUGUGUACUGUAUCUUAAAUAUUCACUGCUGUCUCUCGACUGUUCUUCUGUUCAGUAUGCAAUGCCUUCAAAAAAUAAAAAGACUUUAAAAUCCUUGAGUCUUGGGUGAAGCACACCAG